GCAGCAAGCCUUCACGAAGAGUACUCACGCUUAGGCCUCUCAGUACUCGGGCCCUCCCCGUGAGUAGCGGCACCGAAAGUAUAUGGAGCCGUGAAACCGAUUGUUGCGACUCUUGAGACCAUGGGUUCUACUCAACUAAACCAACCCGAAGGCGGCGACGAGGCUCGCCACCCGUCACGACGUAUCUCUCGAGGGGGCGAAAAGUGGUUUGCGGAGGCCCGUUUGGGCACGUUUAAUGUAUGUGGGGGAAUGGAGGAUAAGGUUGAUGAAGUAUAUGAGAUGAUGGAAGCUAGAGGAAUAGAUAUAUUGUGUGUAAAUGAGACCAAGCGAAAAGGAAAUGAUAUUACUACACAUGGCUCGUACACCGCGUAUUGGUCUGGUGUAGAUGUCACUGAGCGAGCAUGCCAGGGUGUUGGUAUAAUCCUUUCCGAAAGAAUGGUCAAUUGUGUGAAAGGCUACGAAUGUGUGAGUCCUCUUCUCGGGAUGCGACUUAAGGUGGGAUUAAGGAAGUUGUUUGUUCUGGGUGUUUACGCCCCAGACAUGUCUAAAAACAUAUCAAUCCGGGAGGAGUUUUGGGAGUCUGUACGGGAGACGCUAAUGAUUUGUGAGGAUAAUGAGUAUGUCAUUAUGUUAGGUGAUUUUAAUGGAAGAGUUGGAGUGAAAAGGACUGGCUAUGAAAGUGUGCUAGGAACGUUCGGUGAUGUAAGUGUGAAUGAGAAUGGUGAAAGCCUUCUCGAAGUAUGUAUGGAGAAAAAGCUUAUUGUGACAAACACAUUAUUUUGUCACAAGAAGAUUCAUAUGUAUACAUGGCAAAGAGGGAAAGAUAGAAGUAUGAUAGAUUUUGCGAUUGUGGAUGGACGAAUGAAGAGCGAAGUAGUGGACACAAGGGUAUUUCGGGGCAACAGCGUUGGGACGGACCAUUAUAUGGUAAUAUGCCGGAUAAGUGGUCUGUUCAAGGGUUGGCGUCACCGGGCACCUGUGUCUACUACUCCAUUACAGCGUAUAAGAGUAGAGAACCUAAGAGAUGAGUGUGUGAAAGAAAAGUAUCUUUGUAAUCUAAAAGAAAAAUUUAGCGACAUGAGUGCGGAAAAUAAGGAAGAAAAGGAUUUUGAAUAUGUGUGGGAUCGAAUGAAAAGAGGGUUAGUUGAUGCGGCUACCGAAGUAUGUGGCAUAAGCAAGAAGAAGAAUGACAGGAAAAGAAAUAGGUACUUACUGGUGGGAUGAUGAAGUACGAAUGAUGGUGGAUGCUAAGAAGAAAGCUUGGCUAUCCAGCCAGCAACAAAGAUUCUUUUCUCUCAGUCUCAUCACUCAUACCAUUACUCAUACAUUACGGGCGAAAAAAAAAACAUUCUCCAUAGUAAAAAGUCACGUGACCAACAAAGUUCAAACUGUUAAAAUUAUUUUUUUAUGCAAGACUUAAUAUAAAUUUUAUACAUUGUAAAAAACAUAAGAGGGAAUUGUUUGAUCAUUUAUUUAAUACUGCGACGAUUUUUUUCAUUUGUAAAAAUUGGUGCCAUUAGUGUAAUUGGUGGGGAGGAGGAGGAAACAAAACUAUGUAAGACUGUAUCCGGACAAUUCAACAAAUGUUGAAUUUAAAGUGUUUGUGGAAAGUGUGGACAAAAAAGAUAGACUUGGCAAUUAAAGUUCGAUACAGGAUGUUACAAUAAGGG